CGGCCAUCUAACCUCUGAAUUACCGUUGAGUGGUGACAGCGUCGAAUCCUCCGGGUGUAUACGACGUGUAUGUAUAAAUUCGGAUGCUCGCGAGAGCGGAGUAAGAAUUGAACUUGCGAAGGCGAAACGUCAAGAUGGCAGAACUCGGGUCGUUCACGUUCCCGACGUUGUUUACGGUUUUAUUAUUGUUAUCAGCAGCGCUUGAUGGGACUUGCAACCCAGUAAACAUAUCCCUGCGAAGUGUCCCCGAGUCCCUCAUCCAUACGGCGAUUAAUUCGUUGAACAGAAAUUCGCCAACCCAGAACACGUAUAGGGGCGGAAACCUCAUUAGCGCGCAAAAAUUGUUGGAGCCAAGCUUCGUGAUCUACAGACUGACCCUGAACCUGCAAACAAUAUGCUCAGAGGGUUCGACAAGCUGUCCCAGAGAGGCGUGCACUAUAGACCUGAAAGACACAUCGGGACAGGUAGAAGUUGACCCAAAUACUAUACAAUGCUUGUACCUGUACCCUCAGUCCACUCAGGAGGAUAUCCAACAGUCGCAGCAACAGCAGAAUAGUCCCGGCACAGACAGCGACUUCCACAAGAGCACCUUGGACCUCGACCACGAGGUUCAAGCGGCAGCUGAGCUGCAAAAACCGGAUACCGAAUCAGCUGAGCCAUUCAUUGCGGUCAAAGCGGAAAACUCGAAUUACUGUGCAGGCUGCCCUUACGAACUGAACCCAAAUUUGCCAGGGCUGAACGCCUUUGUCACACAAGCUCUGGACGCUAUGGACAGACUCCGACAGAACGAACACACGCACAAAUUCAUAAGGAUGCUGAAAGUGACUCGGGCUGUUCCUCCGAGUUCUACAGCCGUCGAGUAUAAGCUUCUUGCUGAAAUCGGAGAGUCAAACUGUCUGAACGACGCAGUUACGGAACGCUCACUAUGCUCGCUGCGGAGUGACUCCCCUAGUAGAUGGUGUCUGAUCACGUUCCAGGAGCGGCCCUGGAUACAGGGUGACAGGCAGAUUACCGGAAAUAAUUGCACCGCUCGUUCAGAUGACGAGAAUGAAGUAAACGCUGUUUCGGAUACGAUAAUUUGGAAUCCAGGAAACACGGAGGGCGUUCUGUCGGGAGAAAACAUAUUUGAAACUAAGGGACUGCAAGUUCUAAGGGACCCUGAUGAACUCCACGAACUUCAGAAAGAAGAUUCAGCACAAGUAUUAAAUCAGGAAAGACCGGCGGUAACCGAGGCUCCCAUAGUGAGGGUGGAACUUGAGCGACCAGAUAAUGGACAAAAGGUACAAGGAUUCGUUGAUAAGCAGAAAGAGUUUGAGGAGUUUUUGGAGGGCUUUGAUAUACCAUUGAGAACAGAGACUGCGGUAGUGGACGAUCAUGAGGACGGGAGGCAACCGGUAACCGAGGAGAUAAUCAGACCGGAGAAAGUGGACAGAUUGAUGGUGAAUUCUUCUUCGGACUUAGAAUCAAACUUCAAUGAAAGUGUAGAAGAUGCGCUACCUGAUUUACGGCAAGAAAGAGCUAACAUCAACCGGAAUAAGCGAAAUGUUGGAAGUGCCACUUCCAUCAGCACCAACGACGAGAAUGUUAAAAACUUCACAGCCAUGGGAUUUCAGAAAUUUUUGGAAACAUAUCAGGGACAGAACGAGCCACUUUUACUGAAUGUGACAUCAGCAACUAAACAGAUUGUGCAAGGCUCUCUUUACAAGAUGACGGUAAAAAUUGGAGUCAGCGACUGCCCGAAGGGAACGAAAAACAAUUGCCAACUGCAAGCUGGCAGCGAGCCCCAGACGUGUGAAAUUAGUGCCUGGUCAAGGCCGUGGCUUUCCACGGAUAAAUUGAAGAUAACUGUAACAUGCCAGCCGAAUACCAACCUGAGAAAGAAACGUUCCGCAGUGAUGGGAGCAGUACAACCGAUAAGCAUCGAUGACCCGGAGGUGAAAAACUACGCGAAUCUGGGUGUUAGUAAAUUUUCGGAAAACUUGGGGGGACAGAACGAGCACAUGUUGAUUGAAAUCAUGUCCGCGACCCGUCAGGUUGUCCAAGGGAGUCAGUACAUAAUAAACGUGAGACUCGGAGAGAGUGACUGUCCCAAGGGAACAAAGAACAACUGCCAACUGAAAGCUGGCAGCCAACCACAAGAGUGCGAAGUGAAGGUCUGGUCGAGGCCGUGGCUGAAGUCAGGGGCGCUCGAUGUGCAGGUGAACUGCAAGGCGAACGAACGAGCAAAGAGGAGCUUGAGAGGCAAGGACUAUAGCAAGAAGAUGCUGGAGCAGUCCACGUAUCUGAGAAACGAGAGGCUGUUCAACGACUUUGUUGACAAGUACAACAAAAGCUAUGAAAGUUUGUCCGACAGGAAAUAUCGAUUCAAAGUUUUCCAGCUAAAUAUGAUGACUGUUCAAGAGCUGCAGCGCAACGAACAGGGAACUGCGAUUUACGGCGCUUCAAUGUUCGCUGAUCUGACGACACAAGAGUUUAAACGGUAUUUGGGACUGAAGCCGGAGCUUAGGGUAGAAAACGAGAUCCCGAUACCGAUGGCUGAGAUUCCUAACGUCAUGCUUCCCGAGUCUUUCGACUGGCGUGACCACAACGUGGUAACGCCAGUAAAGAACCAGGGAAGCUGCGGUUCAUGCUGGGCGUUUUCGGUCACCGGAAACAUCGAAGGACAGUACGCCUUGCGCCACGGAAACCUGCUCUCGUUUUCCGAGCAGGAACUGGUCGACUGCGACACGCUUGAUGAAGGCUGCGGAGGCGGUUUACCCGACAACGCGUACAGGGCAAUAGAAAAAAUCGGAGGACUUGAGCUGGAAUCGGACUAUCCCUAUGACGGGGCUAACGAAGUUUGUCACUUCAAUACUAGCGAGGUCAGAGCGAAGGUUGUUUCUGCGGUAAAUAUCACCAGUAACGAGACCCAAAUGGCUCAGUGGCUGGUGAAAAAUGGCCCCAUUUCAAUCGGCAUUAAUGCCAAUGCAAUGCAGUUCUACAUGGGCGGUAUUUCCCAUCCCUACAAAUUCCUUUGCAGCCCGACAAACCUUGAUCAUGGAGUACUGAUCGUCGGUUACGGAAUUCACACAUAUCCCAUCUUUCAUAAAACACUGCCUUAUUGGACGAUAAAGAACAGCUGGGGUCCUCAAUGGGGCGAAAAAGGAUAUUACAGGGUGUACAGAGGCGACGGAACGUGCGGAGUCAAUCAAAUGGCAUCUAGUGCAGUGGUCGCUUAAAGAUUGCAACUUGGAAUUGUUAAUUAGCCUAAUAACUUUGUUAAAAACACCCAACGCGCUAUACAUUUUUUUAUUACUACAUUAAAAAAAUAUUAAAUUUCUUUGAUUGAAAAAGAGAGAAAAAAAAGGUACACCUUGAAUUUUUCAAACAAAGUUUGACGUUUUAUACUUUGAUAUACGUUAUUAUAAUAAUUACGCCUAUUGGAAGCUAGAAAAAUCUGUGAAGUUUCGAAUAAGAAGUUCAUUCGCAUUUACAAAACUGGGUUCAAAACCUUAUUGUUUAAUAAUAAAACAACGGGCGAAUAGAUUUGCUAAACUAGGCGUUGUAACAAUAAUGUUUUCCUUACUUUUUAUUUUUGCGCCCUUUGUGUAGAUCUUUACAGCUAUUAAUCUCUCGAGUUAGAAAAAAAAAACAUAAAAAAAAAAAAAAAAAAUCUAACAAUUCUGUAUAAGUUUUCAAGAUAAUAUUAAUAAAUAAUAUUAACGUGUUGCGAGCAAAAUGACAGAAAAAAAAGUAAAAAAGAAAAAACUCACAAUUUUCCAUGACAUUAAAAAACUACUUUAAUAUUAUACUAUUGAAAUGUACUUUCUAUUCUUUUCUUUCUCUCCCUCUCUAUUCUUUACGUUGUACUAAAUCUCAAAUAAUUCGAACGUGUGUCGUAAACAAUAUGAACAAUUUGCAUGAAAUGAAAAAUUGAUAAUUCCAUAAGUAGGAAAUGUAAGAGAAUUUGCAAUUAGACGUGUUCAUCUUGAUAAGAAAUUUUAUAUCGACCUAGAUUUCAAUCAUUUGAAAAAUAAACUGCUAAGGAUUGAUUAUACGCACACUCACCCGAUACUUGGGUGGGUGUUGUUUGUUUAUUUCAGCUCCGCUUUUCUGUUUCAAGUAUCCAAUAAUAAUUGUGAUAUUUUUUCAAGUAGCAUACGUGUAAUAAUAAUUAUUAUCAAUAAAGCAUUAAUAAUAAUAACGAUUAAACAAUUGUUGACUUAUUUUCGUUGUUCUCAUUAUCAUUAUCAUUACUCUAUUAUCAAUACCAAGCGAGUCAAAUGUUUAUGUUUGUUUCACGGUCUUUAUCUGUUCACUAUCCCUUCUCUACAUGACUUUUGCCAAUCGGAUUGCGAAAUAGAGAAAGAUAAAUAACUGUGUGACAAAUUAAUAUAAGAAUGUGACCAGGGAACAAAAUGAAACAUUCUUUUCCUGCAUUUUCAUUUUCAGGACUAUCGAAUAUUAGUAAGUGAAUCAAUUUGACGAAAAAUGAAUGUUGCGAUUGUACGAACAAGGUUAAUAUCAAAUAUUAUUUUCUUUUUAAACUGGAUUGAAAAAAAAAUGGAUAUCUACGUUCAUAUGUAUAUAUUUUUUUUUCGUUUAUUUUUCGCAUUCUCCUCAUUUUCAUAUAAUUCACACAGCUAAUAACCAACCAUCGCCAAGUAAAACGAUUCGUCACGAGUUCGAUAAAAAUUUAUUAACAUUUAUUACUAUUACGAAUGUAUAUUAACGUAAUUAUUUAAUUUAUUUUGCUUUUUAUUCGAUUAUUUUCGUCAAACUUGAACGAUAAUUGUGAGUUUAUACUGUAAUUUGUUGUUUCUUUUUUGUAUUUGGUUUUUCAAAUUAUUGUUCAGACUCACUUAUUUUAAGGUCAUAAGAGUAAUAUUAUAAAACACGUUUCUAUGUCGAAGGAAAAUCCCAUUGUGAUCUAAUAGUAAACGAACGUGCAUGUGAAACGUGGAUUUUUGUAUUUCGUUUCUUAUUUGUUUUCUUUCUUUUGCCCUCUGCCUUGUCUUAUCUCUUACCUUAUGCAUAUUAAUAUAACAUGAGAACCUGUUUUCUUAGUUUUACUUAUCGCGUUCGCGGUUCAACAGUAGUGAAGAUUGCGUGUGAUUGAAUAUGCGUGUGUAAGUGUCCGUGGGUCUAGGCUGGUUGGAAAUAAUAUUAAUACACCGACAGAUUAGUUCAAGGGGCGAACGACGCGCAAUUCGCAUUAUCGGCGUGUGAAUAAUUUAAACAAAAUUCCUUUAGAAAAGGAAAGUUUUUUUCCCUCUAGCGACAAAAGGAAUCAAUGAGUAAUUUAUUUUUUCACAUAAUCAGAUACGCAUCGUUUCUUAUCUUAUCUUAUCUUACCUCUUCUCGUCUCUAUUUCAAUCCCGAAAGUCUUAAUGUCCACUGCAUAUGUACGACGAAAAUUUUGGCUUGAGAGACGUGAUUGAUUUCGCUCACUUUUGAACAAAAUAAAAAUUAAUUUUAACA